AUGACUGUCCAUCACAGCUCGGUCCCCGACUAUGACGACCUCCCAAAGGUCGAAAACAUGCCGCAGGGCUAUGUCUGGGGCCUCUUCGACAAAGACGGCAAAAAAGACCUCCUCGGCACUCUCAACUUCCUCACCCCGGACAUCGUGCAAGCGGCGGCCGCCGAGGUCAAGGACGGCAUCUCCGUCUCCCUCAACUGGUCCCUCACCGGCAUGGGCAAGAUCGACGUGCCCGGCCGCAGGCGCGCCGAGCACAAGUUCCUCUACAACCCCGACUCCAUGGGCUUCGCCGUCGGCGAGAGCUGGGACGACGAGCUGUCCAUCAACACCCAGAACAGCAGCCAGUGGGACAGCCUCUGCCACUUCGCCCACCAGUCCACCGCCCAGGUCUACAACGGCUUCCGCCUCACGCACGACGUCCUCGCAGCCGCGGUUGCCCCCUCCAGCGACUCCCCCGUCCCGACCCUCGACCACUGGCACCCCCACGGCGGCCUCGUCGCCCGCGGCGUCCUCAUCGACUACAUGGCCUACGCCGAGGACAAGGGAAUUCCCUACCACCCGUUCGCGGGGACGCGCAUCGGACCCGUAGACAUGGACGCCUGCGCGGCCCACCAGGGCGUCGAGUUCCGCCCGGGAGACGUCCUCAUCGUGCGCACGGGCAUGACCGAGGUCUUCGACGCCCUGACGCCCGAGCAGCUGCGCGCGGCCGGCGAGGUCGACACCGUCACCAUGUCCGGCGUGCACGGCUCCGUGGAGACGGCGAGGUGGAUCUGGAACCAUCGCUUCGUCGCCGUCGCGAGCGACAACAACUCGGUCGAGGCGCUGCCCCCGCUCAAGGCCGACGGUUCGCCCGGCGGCUUCGACGAGCUCGUCCUCCACCCCCUCCUCCUGUGCGGCUUCGGCAUGCCCCUCGGCGAGCUGUGGGAUCUGAGCCGGCUGUCCAAGCUCUGCAGGGAGAAGAAGCGCUACUCCUUCAUGGUCACCUCCGUGCCGCUCAACCACCCAGGCCUCAUUGGAUCGCCCCCAAACGCUCUGGCCAUUCUAUAA